AUGCGUUGUGAAUGUCUGAGCGAACAAGAAGUCAAGGUUCUCUGUGCUAAAGCUCGUGAAAUCCUCAUGCAAGAAGGGAAUGUUCAACGGAUAGAUGCGCCCGUCACAAUUUGUGGCGACGUCCACGGCCAAUUUCACGAUUUAAUGGAACUUUUCCGUGUUGGUGGCCAAGUCCCUGAAACAAAUUAUCUUUUUCUUGGAGAUUUUGUGGAUCGUGGAUUUUACUCUGUUGAGACGUUUUUGCUCCUUUUGGCUUUAAAAAUUCGUUAUCCUGAUAGAAUGAUGCUAAUUAGAGGAAAUCAUGAGUCUAGACAAAUUACUCAAGUUUAUGGAUUUUAUGAUGAGUGUCUUCGAAAAUAUGGUUCAGCUGUUGUUUGGCGUUGUUGUACAGAAGUAUUUGACUGUUUAAGUUUAUCAGCUGUAAUAAAUGGAAGAAUCUUUUGCGUUCACGGUGGAUUAUCACCAAGUAUUCAAACAAUUGACCAAAUUCGUACAAUUGAUAGAAAACAAGAGGUUUUUGGAAAUUUUGAAGAUUUUUUAGAAUGAAAUGAUUUAUUUUUAUGUUCUGGUCCUUAAGGUCGGGGAGGGGAUGGAAACAAAAAUUUUUAUUUUUGCCUUGGACCAUUCUUUUUUUUGUCCUUUUAUUCUGUCCGCAGAUUGAGUUGGUUUGAUA